AUGCUCUUUGAUUUCAAUUUCGCAGCCCGCAUCGAAUGCCCUUCACCUGGAGAGGGUGAGAGCUACGUCAAGGACCAAAACGAUGCCAAAGGUGUUAUUUUCACCACCCAAGAGAUUAUUACUCAAGAUGAUAAUCUCCGCAGUAUUCCCCAUGAAGAUCAGAACCUCGGUAACCUCGGGUCAAAAUGGGUGAAGCAUCUGGAGAUAAAGCUAGACUAUUCAGUCGAAUCAUAUCAACUCAUGUUGAAGGAAUGGCGGGAACGACGGGAAAGAGACUAA